AUGUCUCGCAUGAGUCCUACAAAUACACAGCCGUAUCUAUCCAGAUAUCAGGUCGACCGUUUGGCGUUGCCGACAAUCUCUUCAACGUCCUUCGCAGUUUACGCGACCAGGCUGAGCCGAUCAGUCUUUGGAUUCGCGCUUCUACAAAAGCUGAUAGAGGAGGACUCUCAGUCGUAUCUAGAGGAUGCCAAUUAUACUUCUGCUUGGGAGUCUCUAAUCUCACUGCUCGAUAAACCUUACUGGACGAGAGUCUGGAUCCUGCAGGAGACGGCUAUCAACCCAAACGUGCUGUUGAAGUUUGGCGCCAGCUCCAGUAAGCAGCAGAUUGCUGUGAGCUUUCUCUCGGAAUGGGACAACAUACGUUUUGAGGUCGUCUCAAAAUGGCGUGAGCUACAUCCCGAUGCCGAAUGGGAAGGGUCAAUGAUGCAGAAGUUUGACGCCAUCUCGAACAACGUUUAUAAUAUGGGUCACCUACCGCCUCUAGUUCCUUUGACUGCGGACGAAUUUCAGCCGUUACUGCAAUGUCAGGUUUGCAAUGGGCCCCUCGCGUCCAAUCCCCUCGACUACGUUUACGGUAUCAUCGGUCUCUUCGAUACCCCAAUCUUGCCCGUCGACUACAGUCUCUCACCACGGGAUCUAUUCCUCAAAGUCGUCGAGAUCGUCCAACACCGGAGCGGCAAAUUGGAUUUCUUAUCCUGGGCAUGGGGAAACUAUGCACAAGAUAGUUCAAUCUUUCCCAACCAGCACAGCAUACCCCGUUGGUGUAUUGACUUUUCUUAUCGAACGAGAUUUGUCCGGCCAAUCCCCUUCGCGAACUCAUCACAGCCACAACGCCUCAUUUGGGAUACAUUCUAUCAUGCGGCCGGCGAAACGAAGCAGAAGAUAGAUUUCUGCCUCGAGAAGGAGAAUACUGCUUUUUGCGCACGAGGGAUAUAUGUCACUGACAUCGGCACAGUUGGCAGUUUGGCCAAUUUUGAUCAUGGCAACAGCAUUUGGCCGGAGGAUUGGGUCACCAUUGGAGGAUUCAAAGAUAUGAAAGCGCCGCUCAAGCAGCGAACUGCGAGAUCCGAGCAACAUCAACUUGAGCGCUGGGCAACCGCAUCCGACGCUUCCAAUUCCGCCGCGUUGAACAUUUGGUGGCGUACUGUUUUCGGCGACACACUUUCACGAGAAGCUCGUAUCGACUCGUCGGACGAAGACCGCUUCAGGGUUCCGCCCAAAUAUCGAAUAGGUGUGGAAAACCUAUGUAGGUAUAUGACGGAGUAUCUACAGAUACAAGUGCAUAAUGGUAGGCGUAUGUGCAGAACAACGAGUGGGCAACUAGGUCUUGCGCCUCCGGGUGCUAGACCAGGAGACGCGGUUUUCGUUUUGUUUGGGGGUGAUACGCUAUAUGUGCUGCGACAACAAAAGUCAGGAAUGUGGCACUUUGUCGGCGAGUGCUACAUAGAUGGUAUGAUGGAUGGGCAAGCCAUGCAGGAGGAUAAGGAGGAAGUGGGAGUGUUAGUUUGUGCAGAUUAG